AUGGCAUGGGCCUUCGCGGCCUGGCCCCUCCUCAUCCUGGGCGUGCUUGGCGUAGACAAGCCGGAUGGAUGUUCAGAUGAAUCUUGGAACUCCGUCUGCGUGGGUACUGCAUCCUGUGCCGACCUAGCUGAUGCGGGCGUCACGUGCACAGGUAUUGAAGGCUUAUCCAAUUGUGCUACCGUCUGCGCCAGCCCGUGCUGCGUCACAACCACAACCACCACACAGACCGUGUCCUCGACAACCGUCACCACCGUGACGCACACGCAGACAGUCACCAGCGUCACUGAAACUACGGCAACGCAGACCUCGCUGACUGCUACGGCAACCAGCACACUGACGUCAGUCACUACAGUUACGCACACCCACACAGAAACAAGUGUAACAUACACUUUCACUGAUCCACCAACCACCCAGCCCACUCAAGCACCCACAACACAAGCCAGCACAACUACGGUGGAGCCGGCGGCAGUCGUCAGGCUAUCCGCGCGGGCUGUUGUCGCGGAUGUGAACACAUAUGUUGACUACACGACAGACUCCAGAGUCAUUGCCGCCUACAAAGAGGUUAUGGCGGAGAUUUCCUCUCUCGAUGAGCAGUGGAUUGCUCUACAGAUGGUUCCUGACGCCGGGGGCAACAUCACUGUAAGCUAUAUCGUCACACUUCCAUAUGUGGAGCAAUCGAGUGGCGAGCUGGAGCCGAUUGUACCUUUGAAAACUGUGCAGGACAAGCUGGAUGGAGUGACUGCACAGAGCUUUAACCAGAUGUUGACUCAGAAAAUCAACGAAAACACCGGUGGUACAUAUUCUCAGAAGGUCAUUGCCUUUGAGCAGGAUACUGCGGGAGAGGGUAGCGUCAGUCGGGCCCAUCUGUGCUCAGUGGCAGGCGCCAUCUUGCUCGUGGCAUUGGGUAUUGGCUUCUAG